AUGCCCUGCCUCCACUGCGAAGUGGUGGAGUCCAUGGAGCCGGGCAGUGCGAUUCCCGAGGCAUCUCCCUCUGCAGGGACAGUGGAGUCUUUCAGCAGUGAAACGGUGACUGCGCCGCCGAUGGUAGAGGGCAUGGGUUGGUUCUUCUCCCCGCUGUGGAGCCCCCGCUGCAAGACGCGUCGCUCGAGGUUUGGAGACGGCAUGACAAGCGAGCAAGUGGCAUGGCUGGAUGACCACUCUGAUUAUACGAGGUCGUAUUUUUUACGGAGAGCUUCAGGGGCCAGUGGUCCACAGGCAGAUAUGUCUCCACGUCUGCCCAGGGUUCCAAGGAGCAGCUCUGACCACUCAGAACUGUUCAGGACGACUCAUGGUCGCAGAGCUUCCUCUCCAAUAACCAGCUCACACCUGAGCACCUCAUCCAUAACAGACAAGCUCAGACCCCUUACCUCCAAUUUGAAUGCUCCUGAGGGGAUGGAUCGCAUCAGUCCAGAUCCACUGGGGGGUCACACCCCCUACUCUCCUCGCUCUUCCCGCUGCUCUUUGUCCCCUUUUAGUCCCUUUUCUCCUAUUUGUCCAUGCUCCCAUGACGCACCUUUCUCUCCUCUUCUGUGUCCCACUGCUACAAAGACUGUAGCCUGUGGCUAUGGUGAGGGAUGCCCAUGGAUGAUGGAGCUCCUAAGAGGAGGCCUCAGCUGGAUGGGUUCUGUGGCAGAGCUCUGCCAGGGGGCUGUCCUGCAUGCUGGGGAGCUGCUGGCAGCUGAGGGCGGCUCCCUUUCCCUGGUAAAGAAAGACGGUAGUGAAAGGAGCACCUUGGAGGAAGUGACUGACCCAACAUCAUUGGGGGACUUCAGUGAGGGCCUCUGUAGCCAUGCACAUAUGGAGCUGAUGAAGGGUAUCAUGGGAUGUGUACUGGCUUCAGGGUCACCAAUGAACUUGAGAGAUGUAUCUGAGGACCCCAGGUUUGACCUCGAAGAUGAUCAAUCAUUAAAGAUUAGGAGUGUUCUGUGUGUGCCCAUCAAGAACCAUGGAGGAGAGGUGGUAGGUGUAGUGGUAAUGAUCAACAAGAGAGGUAGCAGCAAUGGAUCAGUUUCUGUUUUUACCAACAUGGAUGAAAAGGUGCUUUCCAAUCACAUGGAUGUAUUGGGGAUGGUCCUGGACAACAUCCAGCUGUAUGAAAGCUCAAGACAGGAGGCCAAACGCAGUCAGGCCUUGAUAAAGAUGGCUCAAGUUUUAUCAAAAGAGCACCACUCCUUUGAAGUUCUGCUGAGUAAGAUGGCUGCCACCAUCAUGCCCUUCACACAUGCGCAGUACUGUACCAUCUUCAUACCUAAUAAGGACAACAAGAUUUCUUUUUCCCAAGUAAUCCACUUGGAGUGUGAGGAGCUCGGAUCAACCUGCCAAAUCUACAGAAGGGAACGUGACAUCAGUGAUGUUGACCCAUCAUAUGCCCUUCAAACCCUGGUGGGUAUGGAAACACUUAACAUGUCAGAGAGUUCUGAGGGAUCCAUUAAGAGUCUAAUCUGCUGCCCUGUCAGGAAUGAGAGAUCUGAAGAUGUUAUUGCUGUGUGCCAGCUGAUGAACAAACUGAGCAGAGACUCAGAUGAGAUGGAGGCUUUUAACAGAUAUGAUGAGCGCCUGCUAGAGGACCUGGCAGUGUACUGUGGCCUGGCUCUGCAGUAUGUUCAAGCUGUCCAGAUCACAGAGGAGCGGAGAGCCAGUAUAGAAGUCACACAAGAGGUUCUUGCCUACCACAUCACUGCAGCAGAAGAGGAAAUCCAGGCAUUGCAGGAGGUCUCCAUUCCCUCUGCAGAGUCGCUGCAUAUUCUAGACUUUCAUUUCUCUGACUUUGGUCUACCAGAGGACCUCACCACACAGGCCACUGUUCGUAUGUUCCUGGAUCUCAAUCUGGUGCAGGAUUUCAAGAUUGACUACAAGAGUCUUUGCCAGUGGGUCCUCACUGUGAGACGUGGUUACAGAAACAAUGUGCCUUAUCACAACUGGAGCCAUGCACUGAGUACUGCUCAAAGCAUGUUUGCCAUGCUCAUGGGCUCUGAUGAGCUCCAGGUCAUUUUUUCCCGUCUAGAGAUCUUUGCAUUGAUGAUAGCCACUCUGAAUCAUGAUCUCGACCACAGAGGUGUCAGUAACUCAUACAUAAAAAGGAGUCAGCAGCCUUUAGCUCAGCUCUAUGGCCAUUCAUCUCUUGAGAACCAUCACUACAACUUGUGCCUGUUUAUCCUCAACAACACUGGGAGUCAGAUUCUCAGCGGCCUCUCUCCGGAGGACCGCAAAACUGUACUACAGAUGAUCAAAAGGGCAAUCCUGGCCACAGACUUGGCCGUCUACAUGGUGAGAAGAAAAGAUUUCUUUUCUCUAAGUAAGAAAAGUAAAGUGAGCUGGAAGAGUGACAAACAAAGAGAUCUGCUGAGGUCAAUGUUGAUGACAGCCAGUGACCUCUCCGCUAUCACAAAGCCUUGGCCUGAACAGAAAAGGCUUGCCAACCUGGUUGCCAUGGAGUUUUUUGCACAAGGGGACAAAGAAAAAAAGGAGUUUAAAAUCAAGCCAAUUGACAUCAUGAACAGAGAAAACAGCACACGACUGCCGUACAUGCAAGUUGAAUACAUUGAUGACAUCUGCUAUCCACUCUACAAGGCUGUAUCAAAACUGUUUGACACCUGCUCUCCAAUGCUGAGUGGCUGUAAGAAAAACAGAGAAAACUGGCUGCAUAUGGCUGAGGAAGCAGAGAAGGAAACCAUUGAAAAUCGUUGUAGUGGCCAGUCUAGUUUACACAGUGUAGUUUACUGCAGUGGCGAUGACAAACCCUUUGGCAUCAAGCACUUUUGGUCACCCCAAGCUACCGUCUGCACAAUUUCAGAGACCCAGUUUUCAAGAGCUCAGGCUUCCAAAGGGGUUACCAGGGGUGCGAAAUACAUGAUAGUGUACCAGAACCACAUGACAUUAUACCAGGGGCCCGAAAAUGCAUGA